AUGACUUCUGCAACAUCACCUAUCAUUUUGAAAUGGGACCCCAAAAGUUUGGAAAUCAGGACUCUCACAGUAGAGAGGCUAUUGGAGCCGCUCGUUACCCAGGUGACAACCCUUGUUAACACAAGCAAUAAAGGACCAUCCGGCAAAAAGAAAGGGCGCUCUAAGAAGGCUCAUGUCUUGGCUGCUUCAGUAGAGCAGGCCACGCAAAACUUUCUAGAGAAAGGAGAUCAAAUUGCUAAAGAGAGCCAGGACCUCAAGGAGGAAUUGGUCGCUGCUGUAGAGGAUGUACGCAAACAAGGAGAAACGAUGAGAAUCGCCUCUUCGGAGUUUGCUGACGACCCAUGCUCCUCCGUGAAACGGGGCACCAUGGUGCGGGCUGCGCGUGCCUUGCUUUCUGCUGUCACUCGCUUGCUCAUCCUGGCUGAUAUGGCUGAUGUCAUGAGGCUUCUAUCACACCUGAAAAUUGUGGAGGAGGCAUUAGAAGCAGUGAAAAAUGCAACAAAUGAACAAGACUUAGCAAAUCGCUUUAAAGAAUUUGGAAAAGAGAUGGUAAAACUGAACUAUGUAGCUGCUAGACGGCAACAGGAACUGAAAGAUCCUCACUGCAGGGAUGAGAUGGCUGCAGCUCGAGGUGCUCUGAAGAAGAAUGCCACUAUGUUGUACACUGCAUCCCAAGCAUUUCUCCGUCACCCUGACGUUGCGGCCACUAGGGCCAACAGAGACUACGUCUUCAAGCAAGUACAAGAAGCAAUUGCUGGUAUCUCCAAUGCUGCCCAGGCCACCUCACCCACUGAUGAGAACAAGGGGCACACUGGCAUAGGAGAGCUUGCUGCUGCACUAAAUGAAUUUGAUAACAAAAUAAUUUUAGACCCAAUGACUUUCAGCGAGGCCCGCUUCAGACCAUCUCUUGAAGAAAGGCUGGAGAGUAUCAUCAGCGGAGCAGCGCUGAUGGCAGACUCUUCGUGCACGCGAGACGACCGCCGGGAACGCAUCGUAGCCGAGUGCAAUGCGGUGCGGCAGGCCCUGCAGGAUCUGCUCAGCGAGUAUAUGAAUAACUGUAAAUAUUGCAUCUGGGAUGAUGAAAAUAUAAAAACUGGAAGGAAGGAGAAGGGGGACCCACUCAACAUUGCUAUUGACAAGAUGACCAAGAAAACACGAGACCUUCGAAGACAGCUACGGAAGGCGGUAAUGGAUCAUAUAUCAGAUUCGUUCCUGGAGACCAAUGUCCCAUUACUGGUUCUCAUUGAGGCUGCAAAAAGCGGUAAUGAGAAAGAAGUGAAGGAGUACGCUCAGGUCUUCCGUGAACACGCCAACAAGUUAGUUGAGGUUGCAAAUCUGGCAUGUUCAAUCUCGAAUAAUGAAGAAGGUGUGAAGUUAGUCCGUAUGGCAGCAACACAGAUUGAUAGUCUGUGCCCACAGGUAAUAAAUGCUGCACUCACGUUGGCCGCCAGACCCCAGAGCAAAGUAGCACAGGACAACAUGGACGUCUUCAAAGAUCAGUGGGAGAAACAAGUGCGAGUUCUCACGGAAGCUGUUGAUGACAUCACUUCGGUGGAUGAUUUCCUCUCUGUUUCAGAAAACCAUAUUCUGGAAGAUGUGAAUAAGUGUGUGAUUGCUCUCCAAGAGGGGGAUGUCGAUACACUGGACAGAACUGCGGGUGCCAUCCGAGGCCGUGCAGCCAGAGUGAUUCACAUCAUUAACGCCGAGAUGGAAAACUAUGAAACUGGAGUUUAUACUGAGAAGGUUCUGGAAGCUACCAAACUGCUCUCUGAAACUGUUAUGCCACGUUUUGCUGAACAAGUUGAGGUUGCCAUUGAAGCUUUGAGCGCGAAUGUCCCACAGCCAUUUGAAGAGAAUGAGUUCAUAGAUGCCUCCCGCUUGGUUUAUGAUGGAGUUCGUGACAUCAGGAAAGCUGUUCUGAUGAUAAGGACCCCUGAAGAGCUAGAGGAUGAUUCAGACUUUGAGCAGGAAGAUUAUGAUGUUCGCAGCCGAACAAGUGUUCAGACUGAAGAUGACCAGCUUAUUGCUGGCCAGAGUGCAAGGGCUAUCAUGGCUCAGCUUCCCCAGGAGGAGAAGGCUAAGAUUGCUGAGCAGGUAGAGAUAUUCCACCAAGAAAAGAGCAAACUGGAUGCAGAGGUGGCCAAGUGGGAUGACAGUGGUAAUGACAUCAUCGUGUUGGCAAAGCAGAUGUGCAUGAUUAUGAUGGAAAUGACAGACUUUACUAGAGGUAAAGGCCCCCUGAAGAAUACAUCCGAUGUCAUUAAUGCGGCCAAGAAGAUUGCAGAGGCAGGAUCAAGGAUGGACAAAUUGGCACGGGCGGUAGCUGAUCAGUGCCCAGACUCAGCCUGCAAACAGGAUCUGCUAGCCUACCUGCAGCGCAUUGCCCUCUACUGCCACCAACUCAAUAUCUGCAGCAAAGUGAAGGCAGAAGUUCAGAACCUGGGAGGAGAACUUAUUGUAUCAGGGACUGGAGUUCAGAGCACUUUCACUACCUUUUAUGAGGUAGAGUGUGAUGUCAUAGAUGGGGGCAGGGCUAGUCAACUUUCUACCCACCCACCCACCUGUGCUGAGGGAGCUACGCUUGAGAUCGGAAGCAGUGACUCCUCGACGCUGGACAGUGCCACUUCUCUCAUCCAGGCAGCUAAAAAUCUGAUGAACGCUGUGGUCCUUACAGUGAAAGCAUCGUAUGUGGCUUCUACUAAAUAUCAGAAGGUCUAUGGUACUGCUGCAGUGAACUCACCAGUUGUAUCUUGGAAGAUGAAGGCCCCUGAGAAGAAACCUCUAGUAAAGAGAGAAAAACCAGAAGAAUAUCAGACAAGAGUGAGAAGAGGGUCCCAGAAGAAACAUAUUUCCCCUGUACAGGCCUUAAGUGAAUUUAAAGCUAUGGAUUCAUUCUAA